GGGACAUGCUGUGCCCCACACACCCACCCCCACCCCUCGGGCUCGAGCAGCCCCCACCCCUGCGGUCCAGACCCCGCUUUCCCCCACCCCUGGUGUCCCUCCAGUGCCCCCCAGUGUCCCCCCGGUGCCCCCAAGUCCAGGCUGGGGUGGCGCAAGGCUGUGGUGGGAUCAUAUGGCCCUGUCACCCUUAUAAAGGGGACAGGGGGCAGGUCCCCCCAGCCCCCAGGUGAGGAGCGGGGACAGGGGCACGGGGAGGGCUCAGCCCACGGCUGCUGGGGCUGGGGGUAGGGCUGGACGUCCCUGAGGCUGGCACGGGGGGCUCUGGGGUGCCAGGGGGAGGUGGGGGUGGCACAGGGGAUGGCGGAGGGGCAUGGGGCACAGAGAGGCAGAAUGGGGUGAGGGUCACGGGUUGGCACCGGGUGUGGCAGAGGCUCGGUGGGGACAUGGGCGGUGUCAGAGCAGACGUGUGGAGGAUGAGUUGUCACCAAGAGGGGCACAAAGAGGGGCUCUGGACCACGGGAGUGUCCCCAGGGUGGUGGAGGAUGACAGGGCUGUGGUAUCUCCCGAGGGUGCUGGUGGUGUCCCCAGUGUCCCUGCGUGUCUCCCCACCAUGUGGCCCUGCCUGCUGCUCGCCCUGGCCCUGCUGGGCACUGUGCCCACCAGUCACUCCAGUGAGUGUCCCCCUGCCCCUGUGAGUGCCCCCCACGCCCCUGCCUGCUCGCGGGGACAUCCUGGGGACACCCUCAGUCCCUGCCACCUCCCUGCCAUGCCCACCUCGCCAGUGCCGCGUGCCCAGGGCUGGCAGCAGGUGGCAGAGGGACCCCGGUGCCAGCCCUCACAGCCCUGUCCUCCAGCCCCCUGCCAGCCCCGGGGUGUGCCCGCGGCCGAGGCCAUCUCGCAGCCCCGCUACGCGGUGGUGAACCGGCUGCGAACCUACUCGAGUGCCCAGGUGAGGGGACGUGGGGCACGGUUGGGUGCCAGGGGGUCCCGGGGGAUCCCGGGGGGUCGCGGGGGGUCCCGGGGUGCCAGGCCACGGCCAUCCCACAGCGGCAUUGCCGGGAGGUGCCGGUGGGAGGUGUGUGCGGGGGUGCUGAGGUGCGGGUGGGUGCCGGCGGGUGCCCGGUGCCAGGCUGUGCCCGUCCCGCAGAGUUACUGCCGGGAUGUGUACCGGGGCCAGCUGGCCUCCGUGCACAGCGCCUCCCGCAACCAGGAGCUGCAGAAACUGGCCCGCACCUACACCCGCAUCUCCGUCUGGAUCGGGGCCGUCACCAGCUACAAGGGAGGGAAGUGGGCGUCGUACUGGGAGGACUCCAGCCCCUGGAACUACGCCAACUGGGGACCCACCUAUCCCCACCACAUUGUCACCACCUGCACCACCCUCAGCACCCGAGACGGGCUCUGGCGCAGCCGCCCCUGCUUCCAGCCGCGCCCCUUCAUCUGCCAGUACUGAUCUCCCAGCGCUGCCACGGCCCCCCAGCUCCCUUCCCAGUAAAGCAGAGGAGCUCUGA